GCCGAAUAUUACUGGGAAACAGCAGGAAAACGAGAAGUUUAAGCGGAAGGGUACAUGUAGCAUCCGCAAGGUCUCUGCCUGCUGCGGGAUGGGGCUCCAUCGUGGAUUGCCACUUUAGUUGCACCCCCUGCGGGCGCGUACUUGAUGUACCUACGCCGGUCACCGAGUCCCCCAUUACUGCAUCUGCAGUGACAUGCCGGCAUUCCCAUGUCAGUGUUGUUUGCCGAAGGGGUGACACUGCGGCGCCUGAAGACGCCGGACGGUAAUUAAGGAUACCCCUCAUCUCUAUGGAGAUGCCAAGAUUGGUGCUUAGGACUGGACCACCACUAGGAUGCCUUUUGCUGAUGCUUUUGCUGGUGCUUGGCAUCAUCAUUCUGCCAUGCAGUGACGUAGUGCUGCAUCUGGAAACUUUGCAAGAAGCCUGGGAUGUGCAUCGGCUAAUCACACAUGUGCUGUGUACCUCAGACAAUUUGCUGAUUUUAUUGUCAUUGGUUCUCUUUCCUCUCCUGUUCUGGAGGAUGGAGGAACGUCUUGGCACCUUAUACUUUCUGCAGUUGUCCUGUCUCUGCACACUGUGCUCUGCCAUUCUUUACCUUCUGACAUCCUUCCUUCUGCCUCCGCCAGCUGUCCCUGCGUCUGGGUACCUUGCUACCCAGUUGUCGCUAUUGGUAGCUAAGCACAAAGCUGUCGGUUGGAGAUUUGGCAAAAAGAUUUCUUUUUUGCUGCCAUAUGGGAUCCUAAUAGUCACUCAGCUGCUUUUUCCAGAAUCUUCUCUUCUAUAUCAUAUCUGUGGAAUAAUCAGUGGACUGGCCAGUCGUGCUGGAUUACUCCGUCACCUAGAGCUGCCAUUUGCUAGAAGGCAGGCACUGGACAGCAUGCACCUCUGCGACUGCUUGACAUCUUUUAACCUGGCACGGUUCAUUCCAACUCAGGAGGAAAGUUCUGCAGCACAGGAGCGACUUCCAUUCUCCUACACAGAUGCAUAUGAGUCGGUUCUCUCUAACGAUUUGCCCAUAAGAGGAGCAACUCUGCACACUUCAAGUGUUACCAAUUUUAGAGAGACUCCUGUUUGGUUAGGAGACCCAGCAUCCUUGGAAGAGGAGAUGUUGGAAGCGGGUAUUCUGGCUUCUCUAAGGGACUAUGAGGAACAGGAAAAGCUGAAGCAGGAACCAGCCCUGAACAAAUCCAGUGUGUCAGCACUAAGGCUACAGCAACUGGAGCGCAUGGGAUUUCCCACCGGACCUGCGGUUGUUGCAUUAGCUGCCACAGGAAAAGUAGAGAGAGCUGUAUCCCUUCUUGUGGAAGGAGAAAUUGGUGGAGACAUUGCAGUGGCUGAUGUAAGACAGUCUUCUCGUGGACACCUAAACACAAUUGAUGCAGGACACUUAAACUCAUGAACUUUUAUGUGAAUACUUUUAAAUAUUUGUAAAAUAAAUUAGGAUACAUACAGUGAUUUACAGAUGUUAAAUAAAUAGGAGUGUUACAUCAUUCUUAUGAAGACAACCCCUGCCCAUAUAAAAGCAAUACGUACGGCAAAAGCUUGGAACCCUUCCAUGAGCCAGAGCUCUAGCAGACUUGAGACCACCAUGGAGUACUACAUUUACCCUGCUGUGACCCCUGAAGGGGCAAUGUCUGACCUGCAGUAGCUUCCCAUAGUGGCUCCGAUUCUAGCUGACUCCUGGUGACUCCAGUCUAGAAGGCAGCUCUAUUCUGUGAUGAGACAACCCUUAUAAAUGGAGCUGCAUUCUAACCUGUAAAUUCAGAUAUAACUACCUCUGUUUUUUCAGUUGGGAAAAGGGAGACAAGUUACUGACAAGCAAAGGAUCUGCUAUGUUGAAAUCCAACAUACCCAAUCCUCGAUUCCUUUUUUUCUUCAACAGCAGUCAGAAUGCCCCUGAAUAUUGGCGUAAUUUGUACCAACAUUUUAGACAUAUUUCAGAAGAAAGACAAAAAUAAUAAUCCACUUCAUAUCACCUGCUGAGGGGCAUGGCUUCAUGGGAAAGGGACAUAGAUUUACAGGAAACAGGCUGGUCUUCAGCCAUUUUGUAGCAAAAUUGUGGCAGAAAAUUCUGUUGCAUAGUAAGUGAAUCUAUAGAUGGUAUAAGGUUAGAUUAGACAGUCUAAAGGUGCAACAGAUUUAUCCUCCAGCAUCAGCCACUGUGAUAAGUAAGGGCUGUUUAAAUACGGCCAUACACAUUAAGUAGCUGUUGGCCGAAGGAUUGCCUGGCCCACAGCUAUCUCUCCAGACUCCAUAAUACCAUCAUACACAUACACGUUCAGCUUGGCUAAACAGUUAUGUGUAUUUAAAAGGGUUUUCCGAGACUUUAAUACUGAUGACCUAUCCUCUGGAUAGGUCAUCAGUAUGUGAUUGGUGGGGGUCCGACACCUGGGUCCCCGGACAAUCGGCUGUUUGAGAAGACACCGGCGCUCCUGUGAGCGCCAUACAUAGCGUCUGUGUUUGAUAACGCAGCUCAGCCCCAUUCACUUCUGCACCUAGGCCAUGUGACCAAUGAACCUGUUGUGAUGUAAGGUGACCCGACAGUAAAUGGA